AUGAAGGAAACGCACAGGAAUAAUUUGGAUUACAGUAGAUGCGGCGGUGACGCGAUGUCAGUCGCGCCGGCGGUGAAGCGCGAGUUGGACCUGGAGAGCGGUGGCGGCAGUCCCGGGCGUAAGCGGCGCAAGCAGGCGGCGCCGACACGCGCGCCCCAGCCACUGCCGCCUCCGCCUCUCGAUCUACACGCCAAGAUGGCCGACAUCUACAAGAGCGCCCUCGCCUUCGGGGAACUCGCCCUGCCAACCUUCGACCCCCUAGCCGCAUUCCGUCUGCUCCCCCGUCACGAACCACCUAGAAUAUUCAAUCCUGAGGCCUACUGUGACCUCUGCUGCAAGGAGUUCUGCAACAAAUACUUCCUGAAGACCCAUCGGGCAAACAAGCAUGGGAUAUAUGAUGGCGGGGAACCACAACCGGCUGCUCCACCGCCCGUCCAACAAUCCCCACCUAGACGGGCCUCAGAUGAGGAGUCCGGUGGAACGCCGCGGCGUCUCUCACCAGAUUCAGCGAGAAGAGCACGCGAGACUGGAUUCCAGCCUGAUGCACUACGGAGACUCGGUGUCGUCAACCCUGAGGCGUUCUGUGAAAUAUGCUGUAAGGAGUAUUGCAAUAAAUAUUUUCUGAGAACGCACCGGGAGCGAAGGCAUGGCGUCCCAGCACAUGCAUCGCCAGCAGCGGAUCUGUCCCCGCCUUCGGCAACGCCACCGAUGGCGCUCGGUACACCGACACCGUUAACAACGCCGCUUGCAACACCGCCGGCACUACCUGCGCCACCUCCUGAUACUCCUCCGCGAUCUCAUUCGCUCCCACCACCGUACGACCCCGAAGAUAUGGCUGAGGUGAAGCGAGAAUGCGAAGAAGACUUUGAGGCGGCUCUACGAGAUGGUCAAACGAGCCCAUUAAACUUAAUAGUGGAGGAGCGCGGAACAGUGUCGCCUGGUUCAGCGAGCGAGGAAUUGCGGAAACUACAAACGAUGAUCUCGCAACUGAACGAGCUCGCGGCAGAGCGGCUGUCAGACGAACCGACAGACCCCGGCCCACGGCCGCCUUCGGCGUCUCCACCGCCGCCCGACGAACGUCGUGCUUCCUCAUCAGGGUCUAGUUUUUGCGAAAUUUGCAACAAGGAGCUGUGCAAUAAGUACUUCAUGCGUACACAUAUGCAACGCAUGCACGGCAUCUCGUUGGAGAGCGGCACGCAGCUGGGCGGCGUCACCUGCGACAUCUGUCACAAGGAGUUAUGUAGCAAAUAUUUUCUACGCGUGCACAAACACAACACACACGGAAUUCCCGCACCGCCGGCGCCGACGAAUGCCGCACCCGCCGAGCCGUGCCCGCUGUGCGCGCGCCGCUUCCGUGGGCCGCGAGCUCUGCGCGCACACUUGCUCGCAGAGCAUGCGCCGCCGGCCAGACCGCCGCCUCCCCCGCCGAGACCCCUGGACCUGCUCACCAGAGACAAGCCCUACGCGUGCUCCUACUGUCCAUUCACGACGGACGUGCUCGCAUUUCUAUUCGCGCACGAGCGCGCGCACGCCCAGCAGCAGGUGAACGAGAGCGUCGAGAUGGGCAACGAGGCGAACAACGGCAUCGGGUGCCCGGAGGCGGAGAGCGCGGAGAGCUGCGGCUCGGCGGGCGAGGCGGGCGAGGAUCCGGAGGCGCAGUACUCGUGCUCGCGCUGCGAGUUCCGCGCGGAGGGCUUCGCGGCGCUGGAGGCGCACCUGCGCGCGGCGCACGGCGGCGCCGGCGCGCUGCUGGCCGUGCCGCGCGCGCCGCAGGCUCCGCUAACGAUGCAGCCGUUCGUGGUGGAGGAGGCGGGCGGCGCGCUCAGCCUGGUGCCGGCGCUCGUGUUCCUGCCCGUGCGCCGCCGCGCCACCCGCCGCGCCACCGUCACGCUCACGCUCACGCCGGCCUAG